CUGGCUAAACCGUGUAAACGCUUUUUUUUUUUUAGACCGAGGAGGAAAAGGUAGUUAAAGGAGGAAAUCAGUGCGCUACUGUGUGCUGGGCGUUUAUGAUAAAGCGUGUGAAGCGUACAGUCCGUCAGUCAGCAGUCAGUCAUCCAGUUCAACAUCACUCUCCACUGAACUCCAGCUGUCACAUCGCGUCCUCCGCGCCUCUUCGAACUGGCCAGGUCAGACAAACAGGAAACAGGCACGCCAUCUAAACAGCAUGAAUCCACAUCCUGUUUCAGCUAAAUAAGUGCAAACACUUCAUUUUACUAACCUUCAGACUGUCCCAGUUAGACACCCCUGACCACCAUACUGUAACAUCACCCAGUCCCCGAAAGGACAGCUUCAUUACCCCGUCUACCCACCCAAUUAGGAGCCAGAUGGCACUUCUGGCCAACCAAAUCAUGGAUGCACGAAUUCUCAGCAGCAUGAAUGGGAGAGUAGAGCUGUCCCAGUUCCUGAGAGUCACCAAUCAAAGCAUUGUCUCUCAGGUUAAUUCUUCCCAAGAUGAUAACCGCAAAAAUAGGAAGUAUCCCUGCCCGUUAUGUGGAAAGCGUUUCCGCUUCAACAGCAUCCUUUCCCUUCACAUGCGCACUCAUACAGGUGAGAAGCCUUUCAAGUGCCCGUACUGCGACCACAGGGCUGCACAGAAGGGCAACCUGAAGAUACACCUCCGCACACACAAGCAAGGCAUUCUGGGCAAAGGCCGUGGGAGGAUUAGGGAGGAGAACAGGUUGCUUCACGAGCUCGAGGAAAGGGCGAUACUAAGAGACAGGCAGAUGAGAGCCAGUCACGUUAGCCAACCGCAAGCAGCGAAUAUAAACCACCAUCAAAAGCCUCUACCGCAGACUUUUCCGACACAGCCUCUGCUGUUAAGCAACUCUAGCGCAGCAGACAGCCAGCCGUGUGGCUCCACCUCUCCCAAGUUGACUACAAUUCACGACGAGGCCAUCCAGCCCCAAACCACUGGCUUCCGCUGCUCUUUCUGUAAGGGAAAGUUCAGGAAGCAGCAAGAGCUCGAGCGCCACAUCAGAAUCCUCCACAAGCCCUACAAAUGUACUCUGUGUGAGUUUGCUGCCUCACACGAGGAGGAGCUCAUCAGCCAUGUUGAAAUGACACAUAUCACAGCCGAUUCGGGCUCAGGGCAAAAGCCCGCGACUGGGGCUGGUGAUCAGGGAAAGCCUGUCGGUGAAUUCCCCUGCGAGGUGUGCGGCCAGACCUUCAGCCAGGCCUGGUUUCUAAAAGGCCACAUGAGGAAACACAAGGAUUCUUUUGAGCACUGCUGCCAAAUCUGUGGCCGUCGCUUCAAGGAACCCUGGUUUUUGAAGAACCACAUGAAGGUGCACCUUAAUAAGCUCGCUGCUAAGACCAAUCUCGCCCCGGAGCGCGAUUCCUCUGCAGAAAUGAGUAACCUGACGCCAUCGGAGCACCAGAGCAACCUCUACUCCCAGUACAUCUCCCGCAUUCACAACAGGUUCCUUACAGCUGAGAGAGUGGACCACCCAGAUUACAACCAGAUGAUAGCUGCAGCAGGUGUUGACAUGAAGGUCAGAGAGAUGUUGGGGCGGAUGAUUUCCUCGGGGCCUGGUGCGGUGACAGAUGCAGAGAGCUCUUCUUCGAUGAGUCUAAAUCAUCUCCACCCUCCGCUGAGUUCCUCUAGCAUGGAAUAUCUGCAGAAAGUAAUUGCUGCCAGAGAUGCUCUCACCAACAGCAGCAGCUAUGCGGGUUGGCAGAUCAUAACACCAGGGUUACCUAUUGAACAGCAAAUGUUCAGCCCUAAAGACCAGCAGCAGCAGCAGCAGCAGCAGCAGCAGCAGCAGCAGUGCUCCUCCUAUCUAGAGAGAUGUCUCCCUCUAGAUGAUGGGAAACUGUGCUUUGGUGACCCAGACACCAAAACUAUAAGCAGACCUGGGAGCCCCGGCAGCGUGAGCCAUCAUGGGCCAGCAGAGAUGAUCACCGAGACGGGGAACUCUGGCAGCGCUGUGGACCAUCGACCGCAAUCUUCUUCUCCAGCUACAGGUGAGAAAGUCUACAGGUGUCCACCUUCAAAUGACUACACCUCUGCACAGACAGCCUCCCUCGGCUUCCAUCUGGAUCAGUACCACUUCACCAACUGGCAGAACAACGGGGAUCUUUCUUCUCCUCUGCAGCCUAGCAGCAGCAGCAGCUCCAGCCCUAACCCCAGCUCCAAGCUCCGACCCAGAUCCAGGGAGGACUGGAGCCCGGCUGCGGGGCCGUACCUCGGUCUGGAGAGCCACAGCGAAAAUUCCUCGCUCGUUAACAAGCAGUCCGAGCUCGCUGACCGAGACGCGGGUCUAGACGGCUCUUUGUCUGCUCAAAAUCGGAAGUCCCAGUAUGAGCCUUUGGAUUUGUCUGUCAGGCCGGACACCGUCGCAUCUCAUUCGGCCGUGUCUCCUGCUGUGCUGGUACAGAUGUCCAGCGUUUUUAGUAAUGGACUGUCCUCCUCCAUUACCCGCCAGCGACAAAGUUACUCGAACGCACCAGCUGAACUCAGUGUGAAACCCACAUUUCAGCCUGACCUCUUGGUGCACGGAGCCAAGGAGGAGAUGAACGCACAGAACGCAGGCUCUACAGUUCACGAUGGUGAAGGUGAAUUUGAGAAAUCUGACCAAGGGAGGGAGGACAAAAAUGACAACGCUGCCAAGUGGAAAAUACUGAAAAAUAAUGUCCUUGAGUCAAAAGAGGCGGGACAGGCCAGCGCUGAUUUUGAGGGUGCUGGUGAAAAGAAGCAAGACAAGCUAGGACAAUGGGUCAGAGCUGUGGCUGAAUCUCCCAUUUCCUCUCUGGAGAGCUUAACUCCAGGACAGUCGGAUCCACUUCAGCACCAGGGCGGCCUGCUCUCCUUCCUCAGAUCCCAGGGGAGCCUCAACAGCACACCUGCUAGCGCCAACAAAGUCGGUCUGAACGGCGGGGGGAACAUGGAGAAAGAUAUUUCAUCAGCUCGGAAGCCUUUCCAGUGCCGUUACUGCCCCUACAGCGCCUCCCAGAAGGGCAACCUGAAGACUCACGUCCUUUGUGUGCACCGCAAGCCGUUUGACAACAGUCUCUACCCUGACCGCCGCCUUCGACGUUCGCACACACCCCAGAUGCCCUCCAGACUGCCUCUGAGCAUCACGGGAGACAACCGUGCGCCAGAGAGAGACCAGAUCGGCGUGACGUCCCUCUGCGGGACUUGAUGUUAUCGUAUUAACAGCACAUACAGACAGUUAUGGUUCUUGUUUUAGCUUCACCUCAAAAGGAUUAGGAUGAUGGAGAUUGUUAAAAAAGAAGUUAACAGCCAACCUUGAUGUACAUUCCAGUGUUUACUUGAAGAGCCACAGUAUGUAUUUAUCUGUAGCAAAAGAA